AUGACUCGAGGAGACGGACAUCUAUGGACAGAGACAUAUGAUAGUUCUACAGUCGCUUUUAUGAUCUUAGGUGCCGCCCUAGUUUUCUUUAUGGUACCAGGGCUGGGCUUUCUUUAUUCUGGUUUGGCAAGAAGAAAGUCUGCUCUGGCUUUAAUUUGGGUAGUGAUAAUGGCUACCUUAGUCGGUAUGCUACAAUGGUAUUUUUGGGGCUAUUCAUUAGCUUUCUCUAAGACUGCGACGAAUAACAAAUUCAUCGGGAACUUAGAUUCAUUUGGGUUUAGAAACGUCUAUGGUAAAAUUUCGGAUGAUUCUACAUAUCCUGAACUGAUUUAUGCCAUUUUUCAAAUGAUGUUCAUGUGUGUCGCAUUGAGUAUUAUAGCGGGUGCCACCGCGGAAAGAGGUAAGCUUUUUCCACAUAUGGUUUUUCUUUUUGUUUUUGCGACUUUGGUUUACUGUCCUAUCACUUAUUGGAUUUGGGCACCAGGUGGGUGGGCCUUCCAAUGGGGGGUAUUAGACUGGGCUGGCGGUGGAAAUAUUGAAAUCCUGAGUGCUGUGGCUGGUUUUGUUUACUCUUAUUUUCUAGGAAGAAGAAAAGAAAAUCUCCUGAUCAACUUUAGACCACAUAACGUUUCCAUGGUGACUUUGGGAACUUGUAUACUGUGGUUUGGUUGGUUGCUGUUCAAUGCAGCAAGCUCACUGUCGCCAAAUAUGAGAUCCGUAUACGCGUUCAUGAACACCUGCCUCAGCGCCACCACGGGUGGAAUGACGUGGUGUUUGUUAGAUUAUCGUUCUGAAAAGAAAUGGUCCACUGUUGGGUUAUGCUCCGGCAUUAUCUGUGGCUUAGUUGCUGCCACACCUAGCUCCGGUUGUAUUACUCUUUAUGGUUCUUUGAUCCAAGGUAUAAUAGCAGGUGUUGUUUGUAAUUUUGCAACAAAAAUAAAAUAUUACUUGAAAGUGGAUGAUUCCUUGGAUUUAUUAGCAGAACACGGUAUCGCUGGCGUGGUAGGAUUAAUUUUUAACGCUCUAUUUGCAGCUGAUUGGGUUAUUGGGAUGGAUGGUACUACAAAACAUAAGGGUGGUUGGUUAACGCAUAACUGGAAACAAAUGUACAUUCAAAUUGCCUAUAUCGGUGCUUCUGCGGGCUACUGUGCUGUGGUAACAGCCAUCAUUUGCUUUGUAUUAGGCAAAAUUCCGGGUGUCCAGUUAAGAGUCACAGAGGAAGCCGAAGCAUUAGGGUUGGAUGAAGAUCAAAUAGGCGAAUUCGCUUAUGAUUACGUGGAAGUUAGAAGAGAUUAUUACCAGUGGGGGGUAGAUACUGAUGCCCUUCAUACUACAUGCAAUGGCGCUAAUUCUGCUUCUGAAACAAACCCUACUGAGGACAGCCAAAACUCUUCGUUGUCAUCAGCUACAGUAAGUGGCCAAAACGAAAAAACAAGUAAUCAUAACCUACAUCACGCAAAAGAAGCAUGA